UUGAUGAUAAAGGCUAUACCUGGUGACAUUAAUACGUCCUGUUAACCGUCCCAUCUCGUCCUCUGCAUGCUCCUCCUCUACUUGUACCACUCCACUCCACUGCUUCCAUUCCGUAGUUCCACUCCACCUGGUCGAGCGAGUAGCCGAGAGAGCCGUGAUUCAUUCACACUCACACAUGGAUGCGCAGGCGAAGGCGGAGGCGGCCGGCGACGAGGCGGUCCCGGAGGCGCCGGAGCAGUCCGUCAUCCUCAUCUCGGCCGGCGCCAACCACUCCGCCGCACUGCUCUCGGGCCAGAUGGUGUGCUCCUGGGGCCGGGGCGAGGACGGGCAGCUCGGCCACGGAGACUCCGAGGACCGGCCGGUGCCGACGGUGCUCACCUCCUUCGACGUGCCACGCGUUACAUCCGUCAUCUGCGGCGCCGACCACACCAUCGCCUACUCCGACGACGAGAUGCAGCUCUACAGUUGGGGAUGGGGAGACUUCGGGAGGCUGGGGCAUGGCAACUCCAGCGAUGUGUUCAACCCGCAGCCGAUCGUGGCCCUGCAGGGGAUGAAGAUCAAGCAGAUCGCCUGCGGUGACAGCCACUGCCUCACCGUCACCUUCAACGGACAAGUGCAUAGCUGGGGACGCAAUCAAAACGGGCAACUUGGUCUCGGAAACAAUCAAGACUCGCUGCUCCCGCAAAAGAUCAAGGCUUUUGAGGGUGUGUGCGUAAAAAUGAUCGCUGCCGGCGCCGAGCAUACCACGGCCAUAACAGAAGGUGGCGAUCUCUACGGAUGGGGCUGGGGUCGAUACGGCAACCUAGGUCUCUCCGACCGUGACGACCGCUCUGUCCCGGAAAAAGUUUCCUCUGUUGAGGGAGAAAAGAUGGUGCUUGUUGCAUGUGGGUGGCGCCACUCGGUCUCUGUGUCGUCGUCUGGUGCUCUCUACACGUACGGGUGGAGCAAGUAUGGCCAGCUAGGCCAUGGUGAUUUCCAAGACCAUCUGGUUCCACGCAAGCUCGAGGCCCUCAAAGACGUUCCCAUUUCUCAGAUUUCAGGUGGGUGGAGGCAUACAAUGGCAGUCGCUGAAGAUGGGAAACUCUAUGGAUGGGGGUGGAACAAGUUUGGCCAAGUUGGUGUUGAAGAUAACGUAGAUCACUGUUCCCCCGUAGAGGUGAAUUUUCCUGACGAACAGAAAAUUGUACAGGUUGCCUGUGGAUGGAGGCAUACUCUUGCCCUGACAGAAAACAAGAAUAUUUUCUCAUGGGGCAGGGGUGCCAGUGGACAGCUUGGUCAUGGUGAAAUAAUCGACAGGAACACGCCCAAGAUGAUCGAUGCCCUAAGCCUGGACGGGUCUGCUUGCAAGCAGUUGGAGUCAUCAAACGUUGUUCCAAUGACAGUUAAAGUCUGGGUCUCACCUUCGGAGCGAUUCGCCCUCGUCCCCGACGAGAAUGUUUGUAAAUCAGGCAAUGGAACCGACAAGCACGCGCCUGAAGGCGAUGCCAAGAGGAUGCGCGUCUGAGCAUAUGUUCUUCUUUCAGCCUCCUUGGCCGCCUAUCUGCAGUAUACAAUAAGCAAGCUUGGACAACUUUCUCAUUCACCAUCUACUACUAGUGUACAUGAUGCCCAGUUUUGGUGCAUUGUCUUCAUCGUGAAGUAAUGAUGUAUUUAAUGAUGUACUCUACUACUAGAGUUCUGCAGUUUUAAAAGGAUUAAUCAAGGUAGGCAGCCGCUUGUUAAAUUAUCCGUUAGAGGGAACUCCCGAUACAGGUAAUUUGUCAAAAGCGUAAUAAGAUAAUACGUUCUACCAUUUUUUCACUCAGCAGAGAAUUAACAAAGUUUCAAUCAAAUUUGUGGUCGUUA